AUGAGCUCACAAUAUGCACAACUGGUGAAGCAACUUGCAGCCGAGGAUAUUUUGGAAAAGUUUCCUGAGGUUAUUCCAUUGCAAAAGAGGCCUAAUACCCACUCAAGUGAGUCAUCAGCAGAUGAUGCCAAGGAUAAGGUGUUUUCAGGCCAUGACGAUGAACAGAUUAGAUUGAUGAAUGAGAAUUGUAUUGUGUUGGACUGGGAGGACGAAGCUAUUGGUGCCGGUACCAAGAAGCUAUGUCAUUUGAUGAGUAACAUUGAAAAAGGUCUACUGCACCGUGCUUUCUCAGUGUUCUUCUUCGAUAACGAGGGCAAGCUGUUAUUGCAACAGCGUGCUUCUGAGAAAAUCACGUUCCCAGAUCUGUGGACUAACACCUGUUGCUCGCACCCGCUAUGUGUGGAUGAUGAGCUUGGGCUUGGAGGUAGUCUUCAGGAAAAAGUACAAGGUGCUGUCACUGCUGCAGUGAGGAAACUUGAACACGAGUUGGGGAUUCCACAGGAGGAGACCAAAACCAGAGGUCAAUUCCAUUUCCUCAAUAGAAUUCACUACAUGGCUCCAAGUAACGAACCUUGGGGUGAACAUGAAAUAGACUAUAUUCUGUUUUACAGACUGGGUCAGGAUCAGAAAAGUACAGUUGAUCCAAACGUCAACGAAGUUAGAGACUUCAAAUGGGUUACUGCUGAAGAACUAAAAUCUAUGUUUGAAGACCCAUCGCUAAAAUUCACCCCAUGGUUUAAGCUUAUCUGUGAGAGCUACCUGUAUCAAUGGUGGGAGCAGCUCAAGGACUUGUCCCAGGUGGAAAACGACCCAACGAUUCAUAGAAUGUUGUAA